AAAAGUAAAACCUUUUAAUUGUUCAUAACCACCUCUCUCUCCGCCGCGCCAUUCUCGUUCUCCAUAUCCAUCCCAACCCUUCAAUAUACUCAAACAUCUCAUCACCUCAUGGCCGCGUCGGCUGCAGCACCACCACCAGCAGCUCCCACAGCUCGAUCCGCAAUCUCUCCUUUACCACCUAAAUUCUCGCCUUUCGAUCACGCGGCUCCACUAAUUUCCCUGCAUUUCUCCAAACACCGACGUAGCAUCCCUGUUCUGACCUCUGUACGCGCCGAAUACGGCGGAAAUGGCCGAAACCGCCACUCCGGAGGGGCUCUCGAGUUGCAGGGCCUCUCCGACGACCCUGGUUUCGACGUCGUUUCCAAGGACUUGCAUUCUCUUCCGAGGCCGUUGUCUUCGAGCAGGUUAUCUCAUUCUGUGUCUGAUGGAUCUCGUCUGCGUGUCGCAUACCAGGGCGUUCGUGGGGCGUAUAGCGAGUCGGCUGCAGAGAAGGCGUAUCCAAAUUGUGAAGCAGUGCCUUGUGAACAGUUCGAUACCGCUUUCGAAGCAGUUGAGCGAUGGCUUGUGGACAGAGCAGUUUUGCCAAUUGAGAAUUCAUUAGGUGGAAGUAUACACCGAAACUAUGACCUUUUACUUCGCCACAACUUACAUAUUGUAGGUGAAGUGAAAUUCGCAGUCCGGCAUUGCUUACUAGCCAACCCUGGCAUUCAACUUGAGGACCUGAAAAGAGUUUUAAGCCAUCAACAGGCUCUUGCUCAGUGUGAGCACACAUUAACAAGGUGGGGUUUGAUCAGAGAAGCAGUGGAUGACACUGCUGGUGCGGCAAAGCAUGUUGCUUUCCACAAAUUAAAAGAUACUGGAGCAGUUGCUAGCUCAGCUGCUGGGGUGAUCUAUGGUUUGAAUAUACUCGCCGAAGAUAUUCAGGAUGAUUCAGACAAUGUUACUCGUUUUCUUAUGCUGGCAAGAGAACCUAUAAUUCCAGGCACGGACCGACCAUUCAAGACAAGUAUAGUUUUCUCACUGGAAGAAGGCCCCGGAGUUCUUUUCAAGGCACUUGCCGUUUUUGCUCUACGUCAAAUUAACCUUACUAAGAUUGAGAGUCGACCCUUGCGGAAACAAGCCUUGCGAGCGACUGAUGAUAACAACAAUGGUCCAAAAUACUUUGACUAUCUUUUCUAUGUGGAUUUUGAAGCAUCAAUGGCUGACCAAAAUGCCCAGAAUGCGCUUAGGCAUUUACAUCAGGAGUUUGCUACAUUCAUGCGAGUGCUUGGAAGUUAUCCAGUGGACACAAGCAUGCCAUGAGUAGCCUUUUUUUUUUUGUUACAGAAUAUUCAGCAUUGAAGAAAUAUCUACCACUGAUUUUGACCUGUCACAAAUCUUGUUUGAAGACUCGAAAUAAUCUCAACCAUCUAACCACCGAGACAUACUCAAGUACAGAGUCUCAGUCGAGUGAUUUUCUGUUAAUUGGAAUGUUGCAGGGUCUGUGGGUCUGUUCUUUUCAACAAUAUUUAGCUAGCCAUGUAGUUACUAGGGCGAGUUCAGCCCAUCAAAAUUUUUGUAGUUCCAACCAUACGAAGGUCUCUCAUGUCCCUUUUUUACGUUUCUAUAUUUCCUUUCUUUGUUGUGUGCGUAAUAUUCUCUUUAUGUAAACUUAAUAAACAUUUAUUGAGAUGAAAAUGGUUGUGUAUUUGCCAUAUACGUAUAAUAACAUUUGCUCUCAAGAAGGGUUUGCCUCGAA